CGAGCGACGUCGUGACGUCAUCAAGCGUCGCGUGCUGGAUAAUAACGACGUGAAAAAAAGACGAUCGCCGUACGCGAUGCAGUGUUUCGCACGGACCGCGUAAAGCUAGGUGUGCUUUUAAAAAACAAUCGAUCAUCUGGUAUUUUUGAGUAUUGUUAGAGACUGUUCGCGGUAUUUAGCUUGUAACAAUCGUCUAUUGUCUUAUCUAAAAAUGAAUGUACCUACCAAACAAACGUUAGCACAAUGAUGAGUAUAUUUAGAGUUUCGACUUGGAGUUGGGCCAUAGAAUUUUCAAAAUGUUCAACGCCAUGUGAGAGUUUUUAGUGUAUACAUAUACAUAUCAAUGACUCCAAUUUCUUCGGAGGAAUGGAGUCACCACAAAGGAAACUUAUUAGCAAUGCUCCCUCGCCACCGAAGACUACUAGUCCCCACACGAAUAGUUCCCAGGGUUAUGCGACGCUCAUUGUCAUGAUAUCAGUUUUAUUCAUCAUAGUCUUAUUUUGCUGUUUUGCUUCACCAGGAAUCAGAAUGAUGUGCAAAAGGUAUAUCUUCAGGCGGUGUCUCCCAAACGAUCCAAAUAUAGAUAACGUAUACGCUCGACGGUAUGGUUAUGAUACGCGAGAUGAAAUAAAUGAAGUUAGUGAGCUUAAAAAGAAGCAAAAGAUGGUUCAAGGAGACCAGGAAAGCGAACAUAUUGGGGAAUCGCGCAACCCCACUUUCGAUUGACGUAGCACAAGAACAGACGAGGCCUGCACCCCAACAGUGAUCCUCCUUCCCAACGGCAGGAUGCUGGUUGUGGAUCGCAACGUCCUACGCACUGAGCUCGAACUCAUGGAGAUCAGCGCUGAUCUUUUUAAUACGCACAGACACUUAGGAAGCACUCCUAGCAUUUUAGACUCUAGU